CUUCAUCAUCCCUUUCAACAAGCACCACCACCUAACUCUUCAACUUAGAGCAGAAAAAGAAAGAAAGCAAAACGAUUCAAGGAUUAUAGCAAUGGCAACCAACGAGGAUCAGAAGCAAACUGAAGCUGGAAGACACCAAGAGGUUGGUCACAAGAGCCUUCUGCAGAGUGAUGCACUCUACCAGUAUAUUCUGGAGACCAGUGUGUACCCAAGAGAACAUGAAGCCAUGAAGGAGCUAAGAGACUUGACAGCAAAGCACCCAUGGAACAUCAUGACAACCUCUGCAGAUGAAGGGCAAUUCUUGAACAUGCUCCUUAAGCUUAUCAAUGCCAAGAACACCAUGGAAAUUGGUGUCUACACUGGUUAUUCUCUUCUUGCCACUGCUCUUGCUAUUCCUGAUGAUGGAAAGAUCUUGGCUAUGGAUGUUAACAAGGAGAACUACGAAUUGGGUUUGCCUGUGAUUAAGAAAGCUGGUGUUGCUCACAAAAUUGAUUUCAGAGAAGGCCCUGCUCUCCCUGUUCUUGAUGAAAUGGUUAAAGAUGAGAAGAAUCAUGGGUCCUACGAUUUCAUUUUUGUGGAUGCUGACAAAGACAAUUACCUCAACUACCACAAGAGACUCAUCGAGCUAGUGAAGGUGGGUGGUGUGAUCGGGUACGACAACACCCUAUGGAACGGCUCUGUGGUCGCACCCCCUGAUGCUCCAUUGAGGAAGUAUGUGAGGUACUACAGAGACUUUGUGUUGGAGCUCAACAAGGCUUUGGCUGUGGACCCCAGGAUUGAGAUCUGCAUGCUUCCGGUUGGUGAUGGAAUCACUAUCUGCCGUCGGAUCAAGUGAUUAUUUUGCCUUGUUUGGAGGACAAUCAUGAUGAAGAAAAACCAAUGCCAUGAUUGAUCAUUAUUGUGAGGGACCAAAUGCAUUUAAAAGUCAUCAAAGUCUUUCCUUUUACUCUUCUGCAAAAUAUAUUUGUGUUUGUAAUGUUCUAUUGAUUAAUAAAAUUCUAUAUACUUGUGUUGCCUUCUCA